AUGGAAAAACUACUUCACAAAUAUGGAGUAAUUCACAAAGUGGCCACACCAUACCACCUUCAAACUAAUGGCCAAGCUGAAUUGGCAAACAGAGAGCUGAAGAAAAUCCUAGAGAAGACAGUUGGGGUCACAAGAAAAGACUGGGCUAGGAAGUUGGAUGAUGCCCUGUGGGCAUAUAGAACUGCAUUCAAAACUCCAAUUGGAAAGUCACCCUUUCAGCUAAUCUAUGGCAAAUCCUGUCACCUUCCUGUGGAGCUCGAACAUAAAGCUUUUAGGUCUACUAAGCUCCUCAAUCUUGACUCUCAAGCGGCAGGAGAAAAAAGGCUAUUGCAACUCAAUGAGCUAGAUGAGUUUAGCUUGGAAGCUUAUGAGAAUGCUAAUAUAUACAAGGAGAGAGCUAAAAGAUGGCACGACAAGAAGAUCACAAGAAAAGAGUUUGAGCCAGGGCAACAUGUGUUAUUAUACAAUGCUAGGCUCAAGAUUUUUCCUGAGAAACUCAAGUCUAAAUGGACUGGACCUUAUCUGGUGACCAAGGUUUCUCCAUAUGGAAGCCUUGAACUUCUGAAUGAAGAUACAAAGGACACGUUCACAGCAAAUGGUCACAGAGCCAAGCUUUACCUGGGAGGAUCUUGGAACAAAUAA